CUUGCAUAUCCACAAAUUACUGUUGACAAGAUGCCUUGCCGUAAUCUCAAACCUACCGAAAAUCUCUUGAUCUGUCCACCCUACGACUUCAGCUCUGAUGAUUGUCCUCCUCCAAUCCGCCGGCCAGAAGGAUUUGAGCCUCCCGAGCCAAAAAAGCUGGACCCUCGACCUCCUCUCCCAUGCACUAACUCGGGAUGUUGUGCCUGUCGGCCGGGGCCUUUGAGGAAGAAGCCGAUCGUUCCAAAUCUCAAGUUGAGACAGCUCGCAGACUGUUAUUCCUGCCGAGUCUCGGAGGGAUGUCACAAUCGAAAGAAAGUAUUUUAUCAACGUUGGCAAACACAUCUCGAUCGUCUUCCUCGACGCUAUCCCAAUACGGAUUACUCGACGUACUGCUGCGACAACUAUGUCGAUCUGGGAGUUAAUACUGACUUUUUGAAAUAUGAUACAUCCCUGGCUCUCCGAGAUGGUCCGAGAAAGGAGGCUCUCAAGAAUUUCUUGUGGAUGAAGAAUUUGGCGCAGGUCAAUUAUGACAUGAAGUGUCCGAUGUAUGAAUGUCCCCCGCAUGAACCGUACCUGCUUUAUCAACCUCCGAUGAUGAAGGAUUCUCCUGGAAAGGCUUAUGACAAACGGCACGGACUUUAUCAUGAGGAUGGAAUUACGCGAUGGAGAGAAUUGGUCUCACGUCCAGAGUAUGACAGGUUUGUCGAAGGAACUACACCCUUCAACUGUCCAACAAAACCGUUCCGAAAAGAUACAAGCUUUACAAAUCCGGUGACUGCAUUUACUGGUUUCUCGUCUGGAAAUAAUCCUCCCUUCAAAGAGUUUCGAGCUUUGAAAAUGAUGUGAUUGAUUCUGUUUGACGUACAAACAAAAUUAUUAAAUGUGCAUGACUUGAAUUUAUUCAGAGAUCCUAUACAAAUUAGUCAUAACAAAAGUAAUUAAUCAAGGUCAAGAUCAAAUAUCUGCUACAAUAUCAAAUGCUAAACAAAUAAUAAAUAUAUAA